AUGGCGCCUGCUGAUAGCCCGCCUGUCGGCCUGCUCGCGCUGCCCACCGAGUUGCUGCUGCUGCUCGCCGAGUCGUGCCUCGACCAGACCGACAUCAGCAGGCUCGUGUGCAGCUCGCGCUACCUCAGCAACGUGCUGUGGCAGCCUCUGCUGCGCACCAACAUCGCGCACCACGGCAGCACGGCGCUGCUCUGGGCCGCGGCAAACAAUCACACCGACUUCGCACAGCAACUCAUCCACCUCGGCGCCAACCUGGAAACAUCGCCGCACUUCCUCGAGCGUGCGAACAUCCCGCGCGUGGGGCGCUACUGGGGCCGCAACGUGCCCAACAGCGGUUCCUCAACACCGCUCUGCUACGCCGUCCAGCGCCGCAAUCUCGCCAUGGUCGAGCUUCUUGUCAACGCCGGCGCGCUUGUUGUUGCUCUGCGCGGCGUCGGCUACGGACCCUUUGAGUACGCGUACGCGGCCAAGCACAGCGCCAUCAUCCAUGUCCUGGUGAGUCAGCUGUGGACCAUUGACGCACCCGUGGGGCGCAACGGCGAGACGCCGCUCCAGCUCGCAUGCCGCAACCGUUAUGUCGACGGCGUGCGGCGGCUGCUGGAGCUGAAAGCGGACCCGAACGCGAACAACGUCGUCCCCAAGGAGCGCUUCAGUCACGUGCGGUCCCUGUUGGACACGACGAGCCCCGGCUUCUACACGCACGAUCGCUUCGACCUGCCCACUGGGAACCCGCGCGACGACGCCCUGGCCAUCCUGCGCAUGCUGUUCAACUGCGGCCUGGACCCGGACGAGUCGUGUCGCUGCCGCUUGUUCAGAGUCGACCCGCGAGCCCGCGUCUUGCUCGAGAAGAAGAACGCUUCGAGCAGCAGGGACCGCAAGCGCAGGUCGCAGGAGUAUUCGAGAGGCUUCCGUGGUGCGUUUGGACUGCAGAGGAAGCGUCGCUGA